GCAACGUCAUGGAGGCCGCGGGCGCCCGGACCCGGGCGGCUGCGCGGCGGCGGGCUCGGCGGCUGCGGGCACCGGCGACCCUGAAGGAGCAGCGGGAUCCCCAGCCAGGCGGGCGGCUGCUGCAGAGGAGAAUUGAAGAGGAUCAAGAAGAAGCAGUCUUUCGAGAAGUGGUCAGUUUUACCCCAGACCCUUUGCCAGUUCGAUAUUAUGACAAGGACACCACCAAACCCAUCAGCUUUUACUUGUCUUCCCUGGAGGAACUCUUGGCGUGGACGCCCAACCUGGAGGACGGCUUUAACGUGGCCUUAGGGCCCCCCGAGUGUCGGCAGCCCCCUCUGAGCAGCAGGAGGCCCCGGACUUUGAUGUGCCAUGACAUGAUGGGCGGGUACCUGGAUGACAAGUUUAUUCAGGGCUCAGCCACGCAGAACCCCUAUUCCUUCUACCACUGGCAGUACAUCGACAUCUUUGUGUACUUCAGCCAUCACACGGUCACCAUCCCCCCAGUAGGCUGGACCAACGCUGCCCACAGGCAUGGGGUCUGUGUGCUGGGGACUUUCAUCACCGAAUGGAAAGAAGGGGAGCGGCUCUGUGAGGCCUUCCUGGCUGGGGACGAGCGCUCAUACCAGGCGGUGGCCCGUCAGCUGGUCCUGAUUGCCCAGUUUUUCCGAUUCGAUGGCUGGCUGAUCAACAUCGAGAACUCUCUGAGUCUGGCCGCCGUGGGGAACGUGCCCCACUUCCUCCAGUACCUGACCACUCAGCUGCAUCAACAGGUCCCCAGGGGCCUGGUGCUCUGGUAUGAUAGCGUGGUGAGCAGCGGGCAACUCACGUGGCAGGAUGAGCUCAACGAGCACAACAGGGUCUUCUUCGAUUCCUGCGAUGGCUUCUUCACCAACUAUAACUGGCGGGAGGAACAUCUGGAGCGGAUGCUGGGGCAGGCUGGGGAGCGCCUGGCCGACGUGUACGUGGGAGUGGAUGUGUUCGCCCGGGGCAAUGUCGUCGGGGGCCGGUUCCACACGGACAAGUCACUGGAGCUGAUCCGGAAGCACGGGUUCUCGGUGGCUCUGUUCGCACCUGGCUGGGUGUACGAGUGUUUGGAGAAGGGGGAUUUCUUCCAGAACCAGGACAAGUUCUGGAGUUUGCUGGAACGCUAUCUGCCCGCGCACAGCAUCUGCUCCUUGCCCUUUGUCACUUCCUUCUGCCUGGGCAUGGGGACUCGAAGAGUCUGUUAUGGCCAGGAGGAGGCCGUGGGGCCCUGGUACCACCUGAGUGCCCAGGAAAUCCAGCCCCUGUUUGGAGAGCACAGGCUGGAAGGGGACGGACGGGGCUGGGUGAAGAUGCACUGCUGCCUGGAAGAUGCCUGGAACGGGGGCAGCUCUCUGCUUAUCCGGGGGCUGAUUCCACCUGAGGUUGGAAACGUGUCUGUGAGGUUAUUCUCCCUGCAGGUCCCAGUGCCGCCCAAGGUUUUCCUGUCCAUGGUGUACAAGCUAGAAGGACCUUCGGCUGUGGGGGUGGCUUUGGAGCUCACCACGGGGGACGCAGGCAGCUGUCACGUGGGAGGCAUCUCGGCGCUGAGCGCAGAAACGAGCUCAAGGCGCAGUCCCCGACCCCUCCGGGUGCCCCCGACCAAGCUGGCCAAAUGGGUGGGCCGCUGCGGCCAGCAGCUCAGCGGGGGCUGGGUCCAGCGGCAGCUCAGUGACACAAGACCGCAGGAUCCACUUUGGGAUGGAGCUCCCUGUGGCUCGGGGCCUCUGAGCAGCCAGUCUGAAGGUGCCAAGCUGAGGCCCCUUGGGACCGGCCUGUUUGCCUCUCCCAGCUGCUACGAAGUGAAUCUGCGGGGCUGCCUCCUGCAGGCCCUCUUCGUUAAUUUCUCCCGGCCUCCGGGCAGCCAGGAGGAGGAGAACUUCGUCUGUCGCCUUGGAGAGAUCCAGGUGGUGGACGCCAAUAGCCUGCUGACGCCUCUGCCUCAGGUGCAGGCCGUGACUGUCUCGCAGGUGCGCUGGCAGCCGGCCGCCUCCGAGGGGGAGAGCGGCCCCGCUGGGCUCCGGCUCAGCUGUACUCUGCACUGGGCCUACCUCCUCCCUCAUGUCCGAUGCUUCCGGAUCCACUGCUGCCGAGGGUCAGGAGGUGACUCUCCUUGCAGGGGGCCGUCGGAGCCAGAGAAGCCCACACUCCUGGGCCUGGCUUUUGUCAACCGGUAUCGGAUAGUGGACCUAGCAGUGGCAGCCGCAGAGCCUGGCCGGGAUGGCCGUGUGGAGUUCCUGGUGGAGCCCAUCCCCAAGGAGGGGUUUCUGGUGCCGCGGGCCGAGUGGGGCAGGGCGGCCAUGCUGUACUCCACGCCCCGCACAUGAGCGACCAUUAAAGCACAGAGUCUCCCA